GCUCAGCGCUGGGCACUGUUGCCGUGUGGUCACUGCAGUGAGGAAACUGAGACAUGAGUUGCUGGGGGGCUGGUGCUCCCAGCUGAGCUCCCUGGCAUGUCUUUGGGAAGGGAGUUGAGCCCUGCUGCAGCCAGAGGCAACAGCCAGGGUUGGGAGAGGAGUGCCUGGCCCCAUAGACCUGCCACAGGAGAAGAUGGCCAUGGAAAAGCCAGUGAUUCCCACUGAGGAGCAACUGGAGAUCCUGGAGUACCACUUCUGCAAGGUGAAUAAGCAUCCUGACCCCACCACACUGUGCCUCAUCGCUGCUGAGACUGGGCUCUCCGAGGAGCAGACUCUGAAAUGGUUCAAGCAGCGCCUGGCGGAGUGGAGGAAGUCUGAAGGGCUGCCCUCAGAAAGUGGGUCUGUCAGGGACUAGAGUAUGCUGCUCCAAUUCCCUUGCCUCUUAUAAACCAUGGUGAAGCUCUUCAGAGUGGGUUUCCUUGGGGUUCUUCUGUUGCAAUAGGUUUUGUGAUACAAAGUAAUAAUCUGCUAUUUAACAUAAAUUUUAUUUAACAUGUACAUAACCAGAAAAAAACCCAUAUAUACAUAUACGUAUACAUAUACAUAUACAUAUACAUAUACAUAUACAUAUACAUAUACAUGUGUGUGUAUACAACUUUUGAUGGCUGACAACCUGUCUAGUGAUUCCAACCCAUUAAUAGCAGCUGCACAAGAAAAGGCAAUUUCAUGCCCUUGUCCCAGGCUUGCAGAAAAUUUGCCAUGAUAAAUGUUCAAAUAUAGAAUGAAGAAAUAAAGAUUCCUUUUCCUUACAA